CUUUUUAUUGAUAAAAUGUUUUAUGUUAUAUUUUGUUUCUUUGUUCAUGAAUUUAUUAAACAAUAGGUAUGACUUAGUAAUUGUUGGCUUUAUUGUAGGUUUGUUGGCAGCCUUAUAAGCGCCUAAAUGCUAAUUUUAUAAUUUUAUACCAGAUGGCUAUGAAAGGCAGAUGGAUUUUGCAUUAUCUAGGACGGUGCUUAUGUGCUUUCAGAAGUGUGCCUACCAUAUGCCCCAGUUAUCUCCAUUUCGGCCUUUCAGAGAAUUGUGAAGGCAUUGCACGCAAUUGCACGCUAAAAUUUCCUUAAAGGAAAAGGGGUCUAAAUAUAAAGACUUCACAAAGUUUAACAGAACUAAAGACAAGCGUGCAAAUUAUGAUGAGAUGUAAUAGAGGAUGGGAGCGGAGGGAUCUUUGUGUUCUAAAGCAAGAUCAAGAUGCAACUUCUUCUCAUGGAGAAAGGGGGGACAAUAUUUCAUCUUUUAGCACCUGGAAUGUAGAAACUUCCACUAAUGUAGUGGAUGAGUCUGCUCAAGUUCCGACUAAUUCAGAAAACUUCAAUGAUGCUUUGGAUGGGACCCCGAGUCGUGAGGACAAUAUCCAGGUUGACCCAAAUGCAACUUUGAAUGAGACUCCUUCACUCUUCAGCAAACUUCGUUACAAGUUUGGAGUACACCUCAAGUCAUGAGGACAAUAGCCAGGCAACCCCAAAUGCAACUUUGGGUGAGACUCUGGCUGGAGAGGACAAUAUACCAUCUACUACCCCUGCUAAAAGGAUGCGCAGGUUUAAUAGUAUAUUGCGGGAUGCACCUCCUGUUCAAGCGAUCCCCAACAAUGAAUAUAAUCUAAGGCGGAGGGAUAACAUAAAGAUGCCUUCCAAAUAUAAUGCUGAUUUUUUGUAUAAAUAGGAAAAUGGAGGAGGGAUGGAGUAAGAUUUUGUGAAGUUUAGGAUGAUGAUGAAGUUGAACAACAAGAGAUAAGUGAAUCAUUGGCUAAUAUUAUUGUUCUUGGAAAACUGGCUUGUAUCCUAUAGUCCCAGAUGCAGUGUUAUAUCAGGAACUAGGACAUUACAACGGCAAAUAUUUUUGCGGACUACGAAUAAAAGGUACAUUUUUAAUAUACUAGAGGUGCAUUAUUAGUACUUUCAAUAUUCAAAUAAUGUAUCUUCAGUAUUUAAAUAAUGUAUCUUCAGUACACAAAUAAUAUAUUUUUAGUAUAUUAAAAUGUACUUUUUAUUCGUGGUCAACCCAUCUGUAUCCAUUAUAAAUCUAUGGAGUAAUGUCUAUUAUACAUCAGGGUUGAUUUAG